UCUGCUCGCGCCAAUCAAUUGAUGUAAACUGAGCGAAGCGGACCUUUGUGGGAGCAAUUGCUUUUCCUCGCGUUUCAGUGGAGCGGCGGUAGAUCUUUAUUAGCGAUGUGUGGAGCCCAUUGAAUCUGUAUUGAAAGCCGAAUAAUAGAGCAGAUACGGUCAUUGAAAUCGCGAAGGGAUCGGAUAUUACCGGGCGCGUCUAAUUAAUCCGCCGUUUGUGCUUAAAUUUUGGCGAUAUACGGAUAAGACUGUGCAUAGUCCAUAGCGUUUUCUUUAAACAAUCUUAUUUUUUAUCUGGAAUCACGGAGUGCUAUGCGUUUUAGGACAGUAAGUUACGCAUGAUUGAUAUUUUUGCCAGUAUAUUGACUUAUUCUGAGACCUCCACGUAUUCGUUUCACCUCAACUAAAUGAUAAUCAUAUUUUGAAAGCGUUCAUUUAUUCUGCUUGGCAUUUGACAUCUUAAAAGCGUUUGUUUUUUUGAACAAGAUCGCCAAUGCCACAAAACUGCGUCUUUUUCUACCAACCAAGAGCUGUAAACGCAAGACCCCAUCUCUGUGAAUAUUGCAUCGCCUUCUCGCGUGCUGCAUCGUCUCGUUUGGUUUGACAUCAGCAACGAUAACUUUGAACCUACGGCUAUUUUUCAACAUCGGCUACGUUUUUCGCAGAUGUGAAGCGGACAGCUGUUGACACACACACGCAGUGAAACUCCAAGGCUAACAAAGGAAAACAGAAGCCAAGACGAAGAGCCAUCAGUCGGAUGAAAUAGAUUGCAGUCCCAGCCGGGAUUACAAAUGGUCUUUCUAAACUACAUGAACUAUCAUUGUUUUUGUGAGCCAGGGGCUUUUUGAAAGGAUGUUGAUUUGCACAGAUUGAAGAUUUUGUCUUCGUCUUUUUGCUACCCAAAACCAGUGCCAAAAAAAAAACUAACUGUGCCAACCCAGAAGCAAAACAUUUUCACAUUGCAUCUAUACAAGCUUAGAUAACUUUUUAACCACGAUCAACUCCAACAUUAAUUCCUGAUUAUUCUUUAGUACAAUAGCAUGUAAAAGUUUUUUUUUUUAAGUAAAAACAAAUCCCCUUUUGUUUCCGUAGAAUACAAAGAGUGACUUUUGCUCUCCACAAUAGGCAGGUUUGUGCGUUAUUGGUUAAACAUGCUUUAUGUAAGAGUAGAUGUUGGUAAUGCAUUAGUCUAAGUGAGAGCCUCCUGAUCGAUUGAUCGAUGGAUGGACGGGCUUACCGAUGGCUGGCAAAAGCCUCAUUAAACUUUCCAAAGUGAGCUGCUGCUAAUUCUUUGAUUAGUUGUCACGUUCCUCUUUUCCAUCAAAUCUCUUUAGUCAUCCAUCUUGAAAAAUCCUUUCGAUCGCUCCUCCCUUCUUUUCCUCAUCCCUAGCCACAAACUCUGCACAUUUAGAACAUGCAGCAAAACCCCUAUGAGAAGUAACGGUCUCUUAUCUCUAAAGGGUUAAAUACUAAAGCCAUAUUUUUCAUCAAGCCAUACUGACGUCAAUCCCUGUCAUCAUUGUGAUGCUUCGGCUCUAUCGCUGUAGAGAAGCAGGUGCAUGAGAAUAAUUUUCGAGGUGGGUGGGUUAGAUAGUGGUGCAAGUUUGACGACAGCAUCGUGCCGUAUUUUCCCAUAUACACCAGCGAGCCAUUGACACGUUUACUGUGUUGCCAGUGGGACUAAAUUCAAGUUCCACUACUUGAAGAGAUACUUUUUAACGCGUAGAAUAGGUUUGUUUGAAGAGAGAGACAUUAUUGUGUUUGCUUGUCCCAGGUGUUCCACAUUGACGGAUGAAUCCCGAUUUUUUCAUGCCUGUUCAUUGGGCUCAACCAUGCUGUCCUGCCAGAACCGGGCCAAAGCCCCCGUUUGUUUUAUUCUGUUGGGUUGAGCUAAAUCCAGAGCAGAGACACUCUCGCAAGAGGGUCCAACAUACAUAGGCCCCUUCCCUCGACUCAGACCUUCCUUUCGUUUCCUCUCUUCUCUCUACUUCCUCUCUGGGCCGACUGUUUGUCAAACCAGGAACCAACACACCUGCUGCUUGUUACACUUCGCGAGUGCCCUAACUGACUACACUCUUCCAAAGCCUUCGUAAUGAGCCUUUGUCCCAUGGUGCCACAUUUAGAAAAAAAAAACGAUCAGCUCUUCCCCGUUUUGAGGUUUGGUUUGUGAACUCUUUAAAGUGGUUCUUUCAUUGCUUCGGCAUGCUUUCUCUAGCCUCAAUGACUUCCUUCUGAAACUUAAAAAAUGAAGUACUUUUUCCGUGUAAACUUCUCUCAACCCGACACUGUUAGCGUGAUUCUUCGGACUGCACGACAGAACCUCAAUGACCUUGGCGCUUGAAAGGUGUUCUUGUUAGUCUCGCAGUCGUUCGUAUUGACGUCAAAGCCUAAAGCGCCAACCAACUGAGAUUUGUUUACAAGCCAACGUCAGUUCUCGGAGCUGACGAUGACAAUUGUUUACAAGUCACAAGGCGAAUAGCUAAACAGUAGAAACUGUUUCCAUGGUAUUGAUAUACCGUUUCUUUCUAUAGACUUGUUUAAGACAACUGAAGUGCCAACCAGACUAGAGAACAUUUGUGAAGACAGUCUAGACUUUGAUAUAAAGUUUACACUCGAACCGAAAUGUUUACAUGUUCCCUGUAAAAUGAACUCAGAUUGAGUCUUGAACGAAUUAGUGCCAUAGUUCAGUUCAUUUGUUUACAGGCCAAAAAUAUUUCUUUGCAAAAUCACCUCCAUAUUUUAAAAUUAGUUUUGUGCCAAAUCGAAAGUUUUACGACAUUCCAAGUCAAGUUAUUGCAUCAUUAAGCCCAUUACGUUCAAACAAGCAUAAAAUGUAUAUAGCAUAUUUAUAGAUUUACCUCAUUGUUGUUGAUAAUUUCCAUAGAAAUGUUUACGCCCUGAGAGCCUCUUGCUUUUUCUUUAGACUCCCGCACUUGGAUGUGCAUUUUGCAUAUUGAAUAAUUUGCAUACUAGUGUAUGCACACGUGAAAGAGAGAAUAACUUGUCUACAUAACGUAUAUAUAUUGCCACACUGACCUGCAACUUUUGAUAGACUGUUGAUUUACUACGUCACCUUUUUCUAGGAAGUCUUUUGUACGACGGCUACACGUUUUUCAUUUUUAAUAGAAGACAACCCCUGCAUCAAGAUGCCACCUGCGGCCCUCUUAUUUUUCCUUCUUUUGGGCCCUGUGGUCUCCACGGUGACUAUUACCUCGGAACGCUCCUCUGUAAACGGGGGACCGGUUCUGGUUCUGCUGCGCGGACGAGGCCGCAAGGUCCCUCUUCCUCAGCCCGAUGCACGGGGCAAGGAAGCCGCUGCCAUGGCAGCAGAGCCAGAAGCUGCCGAGAUCCCCCCAAAACCCCUGCCUCAGCUUAUGCUACCCCGCAACGUGACGGCAGAUGCCCUGAAGCCCCCUCUGGGCGCUGCCCAGGUGGCACCUCCUCCUCGCCGACUGGUGGACGUAGAUGUGUGUCACGGUUACUAUGACGUGAUGGGACAAUAUGACAACACUUUCAACUGCACCAGGGGCACCUACAUCUACUGCUGUGGCACCUGCCACUACCGCUUCUGCUGCGAGCACCAGCGCAGUCGUUUAGACCAAGACUCCUGCCACAACUAUCGCUCGCCCGACUGGGCCGUCACAACGACACCCAUCACCCAGCCUCCGGUCCGACUCGACCCAGAUUUCGACCCGCUGCAGCAACAGAGCAACAACACGGCUUACGUCAUCGGGGGAGUCAUCUCGUUUACCAUUACCGUGGCCAUUGGGAUUAAAGUGGCCUUUCAUAAACUGUCUCGAAGGCCGAGGAACAGAGACAUCAACAUGCCUAGAGUGUUGGUGGACAUCCUACGUCACCAGUCCAGUCCUGUUCAACAGGGAGAGAGGAACAACACCACGGUCCUCACGACCGCCACAUCCAGCGAAGGCACACUGGGCUGGCCGUCCAAAAACCUGUACACUCCCGUACUCCAGAGCAAAGAUAACCGAACUGGGAAACACAAUUUCCAGACUGGGUCCAGUCCCAAACACACAGCUACCAUCGAGCGAGUUCCUCGCAUGAAUAACAACCAGCUGGCCUCCAUGGGAACGCUGAUCUCUAGCAAGCACAAUAGUUCUGGCUUUCAUCCCUCCCUCUCUCACUCCUUCCACAACCUCGCUCAGCUACCUCCAUCGUACGAGACCGUAACGAAACCGGAGCUCAAUCGCUACAGCUCCCUCAAGAGACUAGAGAGAAACCUAGAUGAAUAUUCCGGAUAUUACACCUCCAAGCGAAGGCAAAACAAUGCUCCACCCAGCUUCCAUUCCUCUCAGCACCACCUGCAGUGGGGCGGUGACCUUACGCUGGGUGCCAGAGGUACCCUACCGCUAAACACGUCGCGCACUCGAAUCCACGUGUCAAGUGCUGCUUCCACCCCCAACCCCUACCCUUUACCCCAGACGCAGUACAACCCCACUUUCGACUCGAUGAGUAGGCCGCCCCGCCGGGUGAUGUCUCAAGACCAGCUUCUGGCGCUGGGAGAUGGUAACACUCUCACACGCCUCUCCAAGAACCAGCAGCAGCAUCAAUAUUACAAACCCAUGACUACCAGCAAGAGCGCCACCGGGCAGACUUUACGCAAGUCUCACGAACGCCUCCUGGUUUCACCGGACCGCCUGGAGGAGAGAAUGAUGGUGCCUCACAUGCCCCGUCUUACCCACCACCAGAAAGCGCAGUCCCAGCAGAACGUAUGCGUGACGCCAUCACUCGACCGCCAUCACAUGAUUAAAAUGAAUUCGCACCCUACCUCCGGCCGCGAGCAAGAACACGCGGUCGCCACCAUGUCAUCCGGUCACGGCGGCGGGGCUUUGAGUUGGGGGGAGGGCCAUGGUUCAGGAGCGAUGGGACACAGCGCGCGCCGGAUGGCCUUCGCCACGAAACGUCAGAAUACCAUCGAACAGCUGCACUUCCUCCCUGGAGGAGGUGCCUUGGGUGUGGGGGGAGGCAGUCAGGCAAUGAGAACAGGGAGUAAGAAUGAAGUGACUGUGUGAAAAGUGAUAAAGGAAAGGCGGCCGAGGAGAUGAUGGAGAGAUGUGAGGUGUGCUAGCCGAAAGGGAGGAAAGACUGGAGUUUGAAAAAGGCUUUUGAGCUCAGACAGAAAUAAAGAACUAGAAUGAGGAAGGGAAACAAGGCUUUGAGAUGAGGGGGUGCAAGGAAUGAGGCCUAUGAUUACACAAGCCUUGAAUAAGAGAUGUUUAGAGAGGGAUAUGAAACUAUACCAUUGAUAUUUGUGGAUCCCUAAAUUGGCCAAGAUUGUCACUGUGUGUAGCACACAGUGAUCUGACGGCACUAUUCAAACAUGUUGCGAGAAGAUACAAGUACAAAACGAAAUUAUUUGUAUAGGGCAAGUUUUUCUCAAGUAAGAGCAUUCCAGCAAAUUACAUUGAUGUAAAGUUACAAAAUACUUGCAAUUGACAAACACAAUCUUGCUUUAAAGUUUACUCAAAGUUCACCAGAUGUUGCGGUUGCACAUAGUGGAUGUCAUGGAGGUGACUCUGUAAAAUAAGGGAACAAUGGGAACUGCUGGAUGGGGGUUUCCAAAAGUACACUAAAAUACCUCAAGGAGAUUUGACCGUUCUCAAAACGGAUGACUUGUGAAUGGAUUGUGACUUGAGGAGUUUGCCAUCCAGUGACAUCUUUGACAGGACUACUGGCCUUUCCGUUGCGCAGAAGAAAGUGUAAAAAGGACGUCAAAAACGUCACUUGCUUUGUGACUUGACUCUUUAGUCUGCACUGUUAAUGUAAGUCCAAAUGUCAUCAGCCAUAUUAGAUGCUUCUUCAUAAGGAAUACGGUGAAAGGGAAACUGGGGGAUGAGAGUUAAUAUAUUGAACUGCGAAUUCUUGAAGUUAACAUGAAUAAUUGUCACAGUUUGUUGAUAUUUUGCAUUGUGGAUAACAUUUUAUAAUACUUUUAAAGGCUAUCAGAUCAUUAUAGUAAAAUUGAUGGAUCAAUCAGGUAAUGCAAUUUGAACAAAAAUGUUGGAGCAAUCAGCAAAAAGUGAUUUGGAAUUUGAUUUUACUAAGCAAUCUAAGCCUUUAUAUUUGAUAGAUCAAAUCUGAUUGAAGUCCUGCCUCUUACUUGCAUGUUUAACCAAUCAAAGGACAGCUUAGUAUGACAGCAUCAAACAUUAGCAAUUGGUUACGGUUCUUCUGUUAUGUACAAGCAGAGGUUUAACUAUCGGCAUGCAGCAAAGAAGCAACCAUUUUCGAACUUAAAUUGCAACGAGCUGUUCACUAUUUAAAGUUGUAUCAGUGGGGGGAAAGGGUUUGGUUAUACAGUUGACAAUUUAAUUCAAGGGCUAUUCUGAAACUAAUUCAUGUGUGUCUGUGCUUCCGUGUUCUGAUGGCUUUUUCAUAUAUUUUUCUGUGUCAGUAUUGGGGACACGGUUGUGCGAAACAUAAAGGCUACAUGCCAAUGAGUGUACAGAACAGAGAAUUCUUAAAAGCUACUUCAAUUUAACACUCUGUGUCACACUACGAUGCAUUAUUAACUAACCAUUGAGUUAGGUUUUAGAAGUAAAAACGUGUCUUGUUAAACUAUAUAUUAUACAACAAAUGUCUUUUUUGUUAGCGAUUACUGUGUGUUUUUCUGCUGUCUGCGCAUCAUAUGGACAGCGCUGUAGUGGAAUGUCUGAGAAUGACCUGGCUGAGGAGGAUUAUCGGGCCAUACUAUAGUACUUUAGAUCACUCUGCAAUGUUUAAGCUUUUAUUAUCUUUAAUCAAAGUUAAAAAGAAAAAGAAAAAACUAAAGCCUAUCCCGAAUGUUUAAAUAUGUACACAUGCAAUUUAUGUGCAUAUAUAUAUAUACACAUAUAAAUAUAUAAAUAUAGUCAUCAAUAUUACUCAUAUUCUUGAUUAUUAUCAUGAACUUUAAUUUUUUUUUUACUCUGUGAUUUUAUUUUUGGUUUCGCUUUUAUUUGACUUUCUAGUGGAUUCUAACUUUUGUCAGGAAAAAAGCAGAUGCAAUCAUAGUGAAAAGACAAAACGCAUGAAGAUGUCAAAGCCAGUGUUGAUGAUGUCAUAUUGCUGACUUCUGAUGUCAAGGUGUGUAUGUGUCCAGUUUGUGCGUCUGUAUUUGUGUGCUUGUGUGUAUUUUAGUGUCUAUUUUGGAAUGCUUUAUCUCACAUUUCAUCUGACCUUGGAUCAGUUCGAGUCAGAUAAUGUGCAUUUCAGAAAACCGAAAUGAUAUUAAACCCCAAAUAUGAUUUUAUUUUUAAGUGAGUGUCUCUUUGAAUGCAAAAAAUAAACAAAUGAAAAAGG